AGACUUUUCCUCCUUUCGCUUCCCUCAUAACCUUUUCUGUCUCACUCUCUCUCUCUCUCUCUCUCUCCCCCUCCCCAAUUGGUCUGCGAGUCACUCACCGAGUCAGAGAGCGAUUGCACCAUGAAAGAAGACCAAGACCAACACCAAGAAGCCACCGCCACCGGCGACAGUGCAAAGCGAAAGCUGGAAGACAGCAGUUUCAGCAUCGAACUGGCCAAGCAGAAAGCUCAGGAAAUCGCCGCCCGACUCGUCAGCGACGCCGAGUCAAAGCGCCCUCGACUCGAAGAGGAGCCUUUCCAGCCUAGCCCCGUCUUCAACCCUCCUCCCUACCCUGUUUCUUUUACCGCGCAAUCAGGCCAGUCUUAUGGUUCUCCAGGCACAAGCAAGAAAAUAACUAUACCAAACGGGAAGGUUGGGGUAAUUAUUGGAAAAGGAGGAGAAACAAUAAAACAGCUGCAACUUCAGUCAGGGGCCAAAAUCCAGAUAACCAGGGAUUCAGAAGCUGAUCUUAGUUCUCUAACUAGGGAUGUGGACUUGACGGGUACGUUUGAACAGAUCAGUAGGGCAGAACAACUUAUCAGUGAUGUCAUAGCAGAGGCAGAUGCAGGGGGCUCUGCUCCUCCCUCUACAAAUCAGGGAUUCAACUCAAUCCAACCUGGAACAGAACAGUUUGUCAUGAAAGUUCCCAAUAAUAAGGUUGCUUUAAUUAUUGGCAAGGGAGGUGAGACUAUCAGGAAUAUGCAAAGCAAGUCAGGAGCUCGUAUUCAGGUUGUACCACUGCACCUUCCUCCUGGUGAUAUGUCAGCUGAGAGAUCAGUAUACAUAAAUGGAGUGACAGAACAAAUUGAGGCAGCCAAGGAAUUGGUCAACGAAGUAAUCAGUGGGAAGCGUUUAGUAAAUACCUCUGGAACCAAUAGCUAUAUGCAGCAGUCUUACGCCCCUCCUGGUAAUUGGGCCCCACCAGGACAAGCUCCAAUUCAGCAACAGCAGCCUCAUUAUGGGUACACACAACCAGGAAGCUAUGCACCUCCUGCCUCGUACUAUGGUAACUAUCCUACCCAGGGAGCAGGUUGGGAUCAGUCAAACCAAGUACCCAGCUCUCAACCACCUCAAGAGAGCAGUGCAUAUAAUUACUAUGGACAACAACCUCCGAUGGGGUCAGCUCCCCCAAAUCCUAGCUACAACUAUAACCAGACACCCCCCGUCGCCAGCCAUGGUUAUGAUCAGGGUUAUGCUCAGCAGCCACCAAGUUAUGGACAAAACAUCUCUAGUCAAGCUCCAGGGUCUGAUCAGCAGCAACAAUAUGCAACUUCAGGAUAUGGGCCACCUGCAGUGCCAUCCAGUGUAGAUGGAAGCGCUUCCUCUCAAAGUACUCAGCCAUCGGCUGCUUAUCCAGUUCCAUACAGCCAGCCACCGGCCAACUCUCAGGCUGGGUACUGGCAACCACAUACUCAAACGGGCUAUUACCAAACAAGUUAUGGAGGGCAGCAGGCAGUCGAAGACCCUUCUGCAGCAUCUCAGUCAGCAGUAUAUGGACAAGGUGGGUAUCCUCAGCCAGACCCUUCCCAUUAUGGCGAAGCAGUGAAUCCUCCUGUCAAUGGAGAGUCACAGCAUCAGCCACAACACCAGUCACAGCCACCGACCAAUGGAUAUGCGGAUCCAUCAGGUUAUGCAGCUGAAAAAACUGGUGAGAGGAAUUCGGAGGAAGACCGCUCAGCCUCUGCAGCGGAAACUGUUGGUUCUGAAAGCUGAUAUUUUAGCUGGUUAAGGAUGUCCUCUCUUACUUAUUUCCUUUCUGUUAUCUUUUUUCAUUUUUGGAAUGAUUUUUCAUAUUGCUCUCACAUACCAUCUGUGUGGUUGCAAAGCAUUAUAUUUCUAGCCGUAAUAUGUAGGAAUAUCUUGUUAGACACCCGUUUAUUAUGUUCAUAUGUGAUGAUUAGCAGUCAACAGCUAGUCCAUGAGUUAUCUUGUUUUUAUGUUUGUUUAACUUCAUAACAUUUGUAGUCCGGAGGUCCAUGAAAUAUUUUAACUGAAUGGCGCCAGAUGAGCUAUGAAGGUAAUUUUGUUGUUUGACAA